GGGCGCUCGGGUGGUAGUGGACUUCAGAAAGGCUUCCUGACAGAAAAGGUACCAGUGCCUUCGCGACGGGACGCCCAUUGAGUGCUUCUUUUCCUGCGCGGUCUUUGCGCGCCUGGCGGUCCGAGCGCGCACGCUGGAGCUGAUCAUCCGAAUCGGAGCCCUCCUCCACACCUGCCGCCGCCACUUGUCUAAACUCGAGCCCGCACGCCUCCGGGGGAGAUGUGGGGAGGCUUUCUGACCUCCCGGUUGUUCCUCCUGAGCGUCUGGCUGGAAGGGUAGCCGCCGUGUCCAGAGGAGGAUGCCGAACAGAUACUGGAUCUGAGUGUGUGCAUAAAGAAGCAUCCUGGUGCAAAUCACCACCUCUGGCAGUCAUGAGGAAUAGAGGGCUGAAGACGCAGUCCUGAAGAUUGAUGGAGGGCCAUGCUAUUCAAACAGCAGGCAUUGCUGAGACAGAAGCUCUUCGUUCUGGGCAGCCUCGCUAUCGGAAGUGUCCUCUAUCUUGUGGCCAGGGUUGGGACCUUGGAUAGGCUACAGCCCAUUUGCCCCAUUGAGAGCAGACUGCCCCUUCCUGAGCCAGAGCAGAUCCCUCUCCGCACCCUGCAGUUUAAGCGUGGCCUGCUCCAUGAACUACGCAAGGGCAAUGCCACCAAAGAGCAAAUCCGCCUGCACAACUUGGUCCAACAGCUGCCUCGGGCCAUCAUCAUUGGGGUGCGAAAAGGGGGCACCCGCGCCCUGCUGGAGAUGCUCAACUUGCAUCCAGCAGUGGUCAAGGCCUCGCAGGAGAUCCACUUCUUUGACAAUGACCAAAACUAUGCCCGGGGCAUCGACUGGUACAGGGAGAAAAUGCCCUUCUCCUUCCCUCAUCAGAUCACCAUUGAGAAGAGCCCCGCCUACUUCAUCACAGAGGAGGUCCCUGAACGCAUCUUCAAGAUGAACUCCUCCAUCAAGCUGCUUAUCAUCGUCCGUGAGCCCACCACCAGAGCUGUGUCCGACUACACGCAAGUGCUGGAGGGCAAGGAGCGCAAGAACAAGACCUACCACAAGUUUGAAAACCUUGCCAUCGACACCAACACUUGCGAGGUUAACACAAAGUACAAGGCGGUGCGGACCAGCAUCUACACCAAACACCUGGAGCGCUGGCUGAAGUACUUUCCGGUGGAGCAGUUCCACAUCGUGGACGGGGACCGUCUCAUCACGGACCCUCUGCCUGAGUUGCAGCUCGUCGAGCGAUUCCUCAACCUUCCUUCCAGGAUCAGCCAGUAUAACCUGUACUUCAAUGCCACCAGGGGAUUCUACUGUCUGCGAUUUAACAUUGUCUUCAACAAGUGCCUCGCAGGCAGCAAGGGCCGCAUCCAUCCAGAGGUGGACCCGUCGGUGGUGACUAAACUGCAGAAGUUCUUUCACCCCUUCAAUCAGAAGUUUUACCAGAUUACUGGUAGGACAUUCAACUGGCCAUGAUGAGCUUCGGACUCCUUCAGUGAGAUUGCUUGGAUUGGUGUUAUAUAAAACGCCAAGCUACAGGAUCUCGAAAGAUAUUAAUAGCACUUUGAUUGAUUUUGAAUGGCAGUGUGACCAAAUAUAAAAGGGACUUGGUGUAAGUUUGUUUUUACGUGUGCGAAAAUACAACAAAAUAGUUUGAUGACUAAAAGAUUCAGUUCAAAGCACCUGAUCUCGCAAAUUAAUUCACCUGUCUGUCAUUGUUCCCCAUAAGGAAAAAGAAAAAAAUCCAGUACUGAAAUGUGAUUAACUGAAGAGAUUAUUUUUGUUGCUCUUUAGAAGACUAUCAAACACACAACAUUCACGCUGUUAAGAUAAGCUUUAGGUGUGAUGCUUUUCUCAUGAUUAAACACUUUAAAAGAAGACAAAAUGACAUUUGAUAAACAACAAAAUUGUUUAUUUGUUCCCCAUCAUGUUGUUUAUUCGACCAAAACUGCAUGUGCAAUCAAGAUGCCAUUCUAACACUGUAGAUUCUUGUAUCAGUUGUCAGCUCAUAACAUUUUUCACCACAUUAUAUUUUUAAUUUAUUCUGUGAUUAAUCCAUUACAAGGUGACCUCUUUUAACUCUCAACACAGCACCCAGUCUGAAGAUCAGAACAGGCUCAUCAGAGAAGGAUCUAGUGUUUCAAGCUUGACUCAGAGCAUUUACGAAACCUUCAAAGCAUUUAAGACUCAAGCUUGUGUUUUUAAUGUAUGUAUGUUGUUUCCUCGCCCCCCAACAGCUUUUUCAUUGCGAAACAUCUGGCAGAAAAGCGAUAGUGGAAAAAAAAAAGUUGUCCUCCGAUGAUUCUCGUCAAACCAACUGUUUAUUCUAUGAUGAUUAGCAAAAUUUGUCUGUUUCUGUGCUAAUAUUCAUUCUGUAUCAUAAGUGUGUUGUUAAAAAAGGUGAAAUUAAA